AUGAAAUUCAACCAGAACACGGCAGCUUUGCCCCUCGCGGGCUUGCUGUUCGCUCCCUUCACCCUCGCCGCCCGCGAAGUUCCCCCGAAUCUCAAGGAGUUCUACAACAAGGUUCAGAGUGCAGGCGACUGUAAGGGCGAGAACCUCCUCGGAGGAGGCUUCUACGAUGACGACAAGAAAGACCCAAGCUUCGGCUACUGCAACAAGUUCAUGGAAAACAAGGGCUUCUACCUCAAGGGCCCCGGCAACAAAUUCGCAAACAUGGACAUCGACUGUGACGGACAAGAAAAGGACGCAAAAGACCGUUGCGGUGGCGACGAUGACACUCAGUACGAAACUCGGUACAAGGAAGAGGUCCAGAAGAUGGGCAUUCCCGACCUGGACACCUACAUUCACCCCUACGUGGUACUCGGCAAUGAGCGAAAGGACGGCAAGGCGACUUUCCUACCCGAGAAGGAAGGGAUUGAGCCCUUGAGCGUGGUUGCCGUCGUCUGCAACGACCGUCUGGUGUAUGGCGUCUGGGGCGACACGAACGGUGAUGACGGCGACCCGCUGGUUGGCGAGGCUAGUCUCGCCAUGGCCGACAUGUGCUUUGGCGAGAAGUACAGCGCCGACUCUGGGUACAGUGAGCAGGAUGUGCUUUAUAUCGCGUUCUCCGGGGAGGAGGCUGUGCCCGGUAAGAAUGCCGCGUGGGAUGCUAAGAGCUACGAGGAAUUCGAGCAGAGCCUCCAGGAUCUGGGUGAUACGCUUUUCAGCGGCUCUAGCAACAACUCCAACGGUGACUUCAGCAGUGGCUCUGGAAGCGGCAACAAAGUGUGCAGCGCGAACAAAAGCAAGCGAUCAGGUGCCAGAGCUGAAAAGCUCGCAAGACGGCAGAAAGCUUCCCAACGCCGUGCUUAA